CCAGCCACGAUGCACCUACCAAUAGGAGACUUCUAGGUGUGCAUCCAAUUAUACACUGGCCUUGAGACGGUCAGGUGCAAAAAGGUUGGAGUUCGAAACUCCUUCCACAUCGAGAAAGUCGCAACAUUUUACAGCUCACAACCUUGAAUCCGCGCUCGAGUUCAAAGUCCAAUUCACCACCAUCGACUUCCAUCAUCGAACCCAUAAACGACGCUGCAUCUGUGCAGAGUAUUUGGAAAGGCUACCCCACAACAGCCCAAACUUUUGCGGUUCUGUGGAAAUGUCGAAAAAGGUGGCUGUCGGAGAUCAAAUUGUCAAGCUCAUUGUCGGAGCUGGCAAUGCCAGUCCCAGUCCUCCUGUCGGCCCUGCACUAGGUGCUAAAGGAGUGAAAAGUAUGGACUUUUGCAAGGAAUUCAACGCUCGUACUGCUCAUAUUACUCCCGGGAUUCCUAUACCAGCUCGAGUGAUUGUCCGACCGGACCGGUCCUUCACCUUUGACAUCCGAACCCCCAACACAUCAUGGCUUCUAUUGCAGGCCGCUGGAGUUAAAGAGGUCAAGGGCAAGAUCAAGGGUGCUAAGAAGCCUGGGACGGAGACGGUUGGUCAGGUGUCGCUGAAGCAUAUCUAUGAGAUCGCAAAGAUCAAGCAAAGUGAAAUGCGGCUUUCCAGUCUAUCUCUUGAAGGUCUCUGCAAAAGCGUCAUUGCUCAAGCCAAAUCAGUCGGAGUCGAAGUUGUGCCUUAGGCCCAUCACCACCCCCCAGGUAUCAUGGAGGACCUAUGGGAUCGGUCAACUCUCGGCAGUGCUCUGUUGUCCACAAGUUCAAUUGAUGCAAAGAUUACACCACUGAAUCGGGCUCUGGAUCGACAGUGGGAGAAAGCUGUCAAAGCGAGGUUCCUGGUUGGAGUCAGCCACACCAGAACACCGGCUGCAUCGUUGAAUGCAUCACCUACGAUUGCGACUCAGGAGAAUCGACACGGUCUCGAUGCCACGAUUAACAGCUUAAACCGGUGGAGAUAUCAGCCAGAUCGGGAGUUGUCACGCCUCACAGCAAAUCCCCACAAUACCAGGCAAGGUGCCAACUCACCUCGCUACCUCUCCAAGGUUAUCUCCGUCAAAGAUCGGCGCGGGCUAUCUUCUCGGGCUGGAUACCGAAUACCCAGAGGCUUGCAAAGACUGCUGAAUCAUUCUAGCGGGUUUAGACGUCUGACAGAAUGACGCGAAGGGAAGGCAAUAUGAUUCAGCAGCAGGGCAGACGAAUCAGUCGAGGGGAGCUUGAGCCUGAUUCAGAGUAUCUAGUACAGGCCAAGUGAUGAUGGCGUUGUGGAGGAAUAGCUACUAUAACAAAUCCGCGAAGCAGUGAUGUUUGCUGGAUGGCAACAUCGUAUUCGGCAUGUAAGACGCCCGGCUAUGACGUCCUUGAGGGUAAUCAAUUAUAAAGAUUUUUUCUCUUCUCAGGCAACUCUCUCGCACCAAAACAGGUUAUUUCUCCGGGCGCUCCGGAUGCGAAGAGUCAU